GCACCAUAGGGCAUGCGCAGAGCUACAUUGGUCGUUUCCCGUGCCUUGGUUCUUUUGUGACUAGGUGGGCUGGCUUGCGUCAUAUACCGCACGCUUGUUUGAACUGCAUUCUUCUCAACCCAUUCGACGCCGUGCAAAACUGUGAUACGUUAUCGGUGUAAAAGUUCCUACUGCUCGUACUUGAUACCCUACCGUGUUUCCAGCCUUCAUCCGUUGUCAAGAAGCAAAAAGUGCUCUAAACGAACGAGCAUAUUUGGUUUAGUCGCAUAGAGAAGGUACGACGGAGGUGACUCCGUACGCUUAAGCGAGCAACAUGAGCGACGACCGCAUCCACUCUACUGGCCGUGGUGGCGCCGGCAACAUCGGCCAAGACCCCAACACCGUCUAUGUCGACGGCGACAUCGUCCGCGAGGGCGUCGAGGGCGAGACCAGCCGCUCUAGCGAGCCGGUCGGCCGCGGAGGCGCAGGCAACGUCCUCCACUCGCCUCGCACAGGUACGCCUGCUGCGGGUAUCAACCCGUCAGUCCCGCCCUCGAAGGACUUCAUCCCGGAGACCGCCACGCGGACAGCAGAGGGACAUGAGAACUUUCACACGGGCAGGGGCGGGCAAGGCAAUGUGCACAAGGACAAGUAUGGGGGGCAUAGCACUCCGCAGCCAGGACAGCAGGGACAUCACGAGGACAUUCUAGGCAAGGCGAAGCAUGCGCUAGGCUUUGACAAGGGGGAGCCUACGCAGGGUAGUGGGUUGAAGAAUGAAACUGCCCCCUAAAGUGUGAACACCACGUCAACGAUAUAACGAUGUGCGGGUUUUGCACGCUUCCCAACACGAUAACAUAGAGCCAGCAUGAGACUAUGGGUCUUCCAGCGGGUGAAAGACACUUUCACCUGACUGCGAUUGCGUCUAACUUAGCUUCAUUGAGGGUGUGAGAACUUGCUUUCCAGAUUAGUUUCCCAUCGUCCAAAAAGCCCAGUGGCUGUUGUGAUGCUUGUAAGCGUGCCAAUCUCUGAG